AUGACUCAGGCACAUUCUCAGUACUUCAUAUGCUGUGAUCAAGAAAGUAAUGGCCAGCGAGUCUUCAAAAUACACAGCUCUGGAGAGAUUAUUCUUGUGGCAGCAUUUGCAUAUUACUGCAUUGGGUUAUGGUGGUUCUACCCAGAGAAUACCAAGAUAGUAGUAAACACAGCCAUGCCCACUACUUUCUGCUUUGUAAAUGUGGACUAUUGGUUGCAAAUGAUCUUGUACAUUGCUAUUGGGUAUGGCACUAUUUUAGUACAACCGAUAGUGUUAUUUUUCCUUGCAGUACUGGAUGUGGCAUCUGAGUACAUACCUGAUCACUAUAAAGUUUCGCAUAUAUAUUCGAAAAGAAAAAGGGUUUUCUGGGAAGUAUUGGGUUUAUUGUUGUUAGUAACAUAUGCUGUAGCAACCGAGUUAUUUUUCAUUAUAGGUGGCGUUAUAAUCUCAUACGGCAUUGUCAAGCUUGUUUCCUUCAUUACCUCAAAGGUAUCAACAACUCGUCUUAUAAUUUUUGGCAACUGUCUCGUUGCAGCAGUGGCUCUCUUGCGAGCAUAUUUCACACCCUAUCUUCUGGGGGGGGGGUACUCCCAUUACUGA